AUAAAAAAACCGCAAAAAAAGCAAAAAAAAUUUAUGUCGCAAUAUCCGCCUUUAUUGGAACCAUCAUCAUCCACGGUUCGACGUCGACUUCCACCGACACCGCGACGUUCAUCGUCGCCUCGCAUACUGCCGACACCACCACCAUCAUCACCUGAUUGUAUGAAUCAUUCAGCUUUAUUUGAACGGCGACCGUCGGGUCGUAAAUUGCCAAUGCCGCCGAAUGCAAAUGACUGGUCUCUUCCUUCACCGACAGUUCAUCGUAAAUUCUCUGAAAUGUCCAAAAAUACUUCUAUAAUUAUUCCUACAUUAAUUUCUCAACAUCAUCAUCAAAGUUGCUCAUUCGACCAGUCGUCAACAACAUCUAAAUCGAGUAGUAGUGACGUCGAUGAUCUUAUUGCUCAUGGUAUUGAUAUAUCUACUUCGUCAAAAUCAGCGCCUGAAAUAAGUCCAACAGCUGCAACCACUAAUGCAAAUGCCGUUCCGACGAGUAGCUCAUGGACUGAUAACGAAACCCAUCCGAAUGGUCUUGGUUUGCUGCAUUUUUCAUUGCAACAUUUUCCAGUUCGCAAACGACUUCGAAUAUCAAUUCUUAAAGCCGAAGGACUGGCUGGACAACUGAAGCCUGAAUUGGAGAUUCAUGCCUAUUGUAAACUGGUUUUGUUGCCUGGAGGUAAAACGCAGAAUUCUAUUGUGAGACGCGGACGCGACGUUGUUUUUAACCAGGAAUUUUUCUUCGAUGGCAUUCUUAGCGACGAAUUAAAUGAUAAAUGUUUAAAUAUCACUGUUUGCCAUCAAUCUACUCAAAAAUUGCAAAAAGAUCCCGUAAUUGGUGAAUUAUUUUUACCAUUAAAGAAUCUUAGCGAACUGCAAACAAAAAAAGAAAUUAAAGUUAUUGAAGAACUGAAACAUCACAUUAAUCCGAAAAAACUGGGAAGGCUGUCAAUAACUUGUUGCAUAGAGAAAGAUGCUCAACGAUUAACAAUAAAUAUUAUCAAAGCGGAAGAUCUACCAAAAGGGGGCAUUACUGGACCACCAGAUGUUUGUGUUCGAAUUCGCUUAGAACAAAAAGGAAAAAGUCAAUUAAAGCAGAGCAGAAUUAUUAAAGGAACAUGCUGUGCAGUUUAUAAAGAAGCUGUUAUGUUUCUUAUAAGUCCGAAACUUAAUGAUUUAUAUGAUACGAACAUAACGAUAACAGUUCAUGACCUAUCAAGAACAAUAACAGGCGAUGAUUUAAUUGGGUCGGUUUUUUUGGGAAAGAUAGCAGUUGAUAAAUCCGAAAUUGAUCAAUGGAAGAAUGCAAUAGAACAUCAAGGAAAAGAAUAUAAAGGAACACAUCAUCUCAAGCCAUCAUUACGAACACCGGAUGUCGUUGCUGAAGCUCCUUCAGAUUCUGAAUAG